GGGGCGGGGCCAGGCCCGCGGGGCGGGACGGGGUCGCCAUGGGCAGUAAGAUGGCGGCAGCCGCCAGGGUCGUGCAGGCAGUCAAGCCGCAUACUCCGUUAAUUAAGUUCCCGGACAGAAAAAGUAGCCCCAGACCAAAAAUACAGGAAUCUCUACAAGCAAGUGAGCCAUCUCUCCAUGCUUCAGCAGCACAGGAAUCUGUAGGAGGCAGAUCACUGGCCUUUCAAAAUAUUUCACCUGUUACUAGAGUACAAGGUACACCAGACACUUUUGAAUUAGCAAGAACCUUACCUCAGAAAUACAGAAGGAAACUUAUGUCGGAUGAAGAGAUUGAACUUAUUCAACGUGGAGGUCCCGAAUAAGUAUGGAAGAUAGUUCAUUGGCCACUGUUGAAGAAUGAAGUGUUGCAUUCACAAUAAAGGCAUUUCCUUAAUAUUAAAAA